AAUACGAUGAAGAAAGGCUUCAGGUGUAGUAUAUAAAGAGACUGUGGUCAGACGUUGAAGCAUCAUAAUUCAGUUUGAAAACAUGAAGGCAUUCGGGCUUGUCAUUUUAUUCACCAUCGCUGCUUCAGCAUACGCGUCAGUAUGGCCAUCAUCAAGCAGUGGAUGGCCAUCAUCAUCAAGCAGUGGAUGGCCAUCAAGUAGUGUUGGAUCAGGCUGGAAUUAUGGAGGUGGUGGUGGAUGGAAAAAUGGUGGCAAUAAAAUUAUAAAAAUAGUAACAGUCAGUGAUGACAGUGCUUGGCCAAGUUCUGGUUGGCAAAGUUCUGGUGCUUCAGCAUGGCCAAGCACAAGCUCAGGUUGGUCAGCACCACAAAGUAGUGGUUGGAAAUCAAGCAGUUCUGUAUGGCCAAGCUACUCAAGUUCUAAUGCUUGGAAGCCCAGCAGCAGUCUUGGUUGGAAAGCUCCAAGUGUAGGAUGGAAACCAAGUGGAUGGUCAAGUGGUUGGAAACCAAGUAGCUCUGGAUGGUCAAGUGGUGUCAGUGCUGGUUGGUAGGAGUUUUGUGGAGUUAGCAUUUUACCCACAAAAUAAUCGAGAUUUAAUUAUAUUAUCAACGUCGAUUAACCACA